AUGGAAAAUAAAUUUUUAUCUGGAUCAUCCGAAUUAUUUUCAUCAUUAUAUAAUAAUACUAAUACUAAUAGUAAUAAUAAUAAUAAUAAUAAUAAUAAUAAUAAUAAUAAUAAUAACAUUAACAAUACUACUACUACUACCACUACUACCACCAGUAAUAAUAAUUUAAAAAAUAAUUUUUCAAAUAAAAAUAAUUUUUCAUUUAAUAAUUCAAGCAAUUCAUUAAGUAGUAGUUUUGGGGUUCCAUCUUCACCCCCACCACAAAAAUUAAAUAAUAGUGGAUAUAAUUUUAAUUCAUCUUCAUAUUCAUCAUUGGUACCAAAUAUUAAAAAAAGAUCAAAUUCAUUAGAUGAUAAUAUGUCUGUUCCAACUUUACAAAAUUUUACAAAUAAUAAUAAUAAUAAUAAUAAUAAUAAUAAUAAUAAUAAUAAUAACAAUUCCAAUAAUAAUAGUUCUAAUAAUAAUAAUAAUAAUAAUAAUAAUAAUAAUUUUAAUAAUUCACCAACAAGUUCACCAACACCAUAUGUACCAACGACACCAUUAAUAAAUUCAUAUCCAUCAUCACCAUUUUUAAUAAAUCAACAACCAUUAUCAUCGAGUACACCAUUUCCAUUUAAUCAUCAACCAUAUCAUAUUCAUCCAUUUACAACACUUUCAUUAAAUAAUAGUAAUGGAAUUAAUAAUAAUAAUCAUAAUAAUAAUCAUAAUAAUUCAAAUAAUAACAAUAAUAAUAAUUCAAAUUCAAACUCAAAUAACCAUAAUAACCAUAAUAAUAAUAAUCAAUCAAUUGUCCCACAAUCAAUACAUUUACAAUCAACAACACCUCAAAUUCAACCAUUAUCACUUCAACCACCACAACAAUUACCAACAAUAAAUGGACCAACCUCAACUCCACCAUCUUCUUCAAAUUCUACAACAACAACAACCACUACUACAACAACACCAUCUACAAAUGAAAACUCAAAUAAUAAUAAUAAUAGUUAUAAUACUAAUAAUAAUAAUAAACCAGAAAUUCAAUUAAUUGAUUCUGGUGCAAUUUUAGAAUGUUUUAUUGAAUUGAGAGAUUUAGGAUCAUCAAUUUCAAAACAAUCUAAAGAGUCAAUGGUAAGUGGUGAUUUUGCAAAUGGAUUAGAAAGGAUAAAGGUUACUUUAUCAACAUUAACAAAUAAAAUUGAAACAUUGGAUCUUUCAAUUCAAAAUAUCAUUCAAAAUGAACCAAGAUCAAGAAUUUUUGGAAAUUCUUCUGAUGAAAGUAGAGUUCCAGUUUUAACUCGUCCAAGAAGAUUUAGAAAAUCAAAAGUUAAAAGUAAAGAAAAUAAUCAUCAUAAUAAUAAUAACAAUAAUAUUAAUAAUAUUAAUAUUAAUAAUAAUAAUUGUUCAACACCAUUAUUACAAUCACCACAAUUAUCAUCUUCAUCACCAUCAUUAAACUCAUCACAUGAUGGUGAUCAACAUUUAAGUUCACCUCAAUUAUCAUCUUCAACACCUCAACAUAAAUCUAAUGGUAAUGGUAAUACUAAUAGUACUAAUAAUAAUAAAAGAAAAAUUGGUGAAUUGAAACAAUGUACUUCUUGUGGUACAACUUCCUCACCAGAGUGGAGAAAAGGUCCAGCUGGAAAUCAAAGUUUAUGUAAUGCCUGUGGUCUAUAUUUUGCAAAAUUGGUAAGAAGAGAAGCAUCCUUAACUUGGAAACCACAAAGUGUAGUCUCUGUUAAUGAUCUAUUAUGUGCUGGAAAAGAUCAAAAACAAUCAAAUACAACAAGUCAAUUAACAACCUUUAUAAAUUCUGUUGAACAUAACCAGCAAAUUUUCCAACAACAACAACAACAACAACAACAACAACAACAACAACAACAACAACAACAACAACAACAACAACAACAACAAAAUCAUCAUCAUCAACAAUUGCAACAACAACAACAACAACAACAACAACAACAAUUGCACCAUUAA